UCUUGUCAACAAAGGCCUCGGCACGAGCGCGCGACCCGCCAGCUGCUAAACUGGAGAUCACAGAGCCGCCGCGUGACCCUAAUCUGCAUAAUCCCAUUAAAACCGCGCUGCUAACGGCACGCGCCAAACACACGGAGGGAGAGCGGCAACAUUGUUGUUAAGGCCAGAGAAGAUAUGAUUCAGCAAAAAUUCAGACAAGACCUGUUCAUCAAAUCCGAACCUGUGCAACAAGAGGAAAUGUUAACCACGCAUGAUAAAAAUGCUAAGCUGCAUCUGUCUGUUCAGAGCAUCAAACACGCAACUAAAAACAGCCUCAACUCGAAUACACCUGGCCUCCAUAUGUCAGGCACACAUGGACAAGAGUCACUGGGUCAGCUUAUGGCAUCCUCACCAACCCAGGAGGGCAUGGCACAGCUGGGCUCACUGGUGCUUAAGUCUCCCAGGCAUGACUUGGAGAGGCUGGCUGAGGACCAGCCCCCCAGGCGACCCCUCAAGCUCACCCCUCUGGAGCUCCCAGAGGAGGUAAGAGAGGCGCAGAGGAAAAAACUUCACUUGAUCCAACAAGACGCCAAACUUGCCGACUGUAAGUUCGACAUGAUGCUGAAGGAGAACAUCAUGAAGAAGCCAAAACCGAUUAUGAGGCAGAAGAUUGUGAAAGCAGUCGAGGGUCUUUCUGCUUCAACCAUGCCAGUCGUGACUCAAGCACAACAGAAAUCCCAUCGACCGCAGCCAACAUGCUCUAACCCAGUGGAGAAGAGCGGAGAGAGGCAAUUGCGAGACAUCACACGUCGAGGGAUCCCAGCGUCCCUCUCCGGCAAGCCUGCCCCUCCUCUACCUGCUGCCAGAACUAAGGCUCAGGCCGCAUGCGACGGAGAGGCGUCACGCAAGAACCCAAGUGCCCUCCAGUUCGAGGUAGAGAGAAGGCGGCCGAGGCUGAGGAGAGAGCAACGCCUCGAAGAGGAUCAGUGCCAAGCCAACACGUCAACCAGGGGAUUAUGCACAGAUGGAGGCAAGCUUGCCCAAGGUGUCCGAGGCAAAGGGCAGCAGGCGGAGUGGGCUUGCAGAGGCCAAAUGCAGGCUGGAGAGAACUUCAAAGAUCCCUGCACUCUCGCAACGUCACGCGAGCAGGGAAGCGCCAAGAAGGGCCACUGAGAGGGAGGCGGGAAGCAAUCCGCAAGAUACAUCUUGGACAGACAGUCGGACGAAGGUGGAAACAGGGAAGCAAUUCCCGACAGCUGGAAGGCAAAGAGGAAAAUUCCCUUGAUCAUGAAGCAGAAGAAUGCCUUUCCUGGUGAGGCUCUGAAAGUGUAGUGAAAGUUCAGCAUGGAAGUUGCCAAUUCCUUAGAUAGUGAGUCAAAUAUUUUGUUCAGAUUACAGUUUAUAAUGUUCCAAACUUUAAUACAGAAAGUGAAUUAGCAGUGAGAGACGCAUAUGCCAGGUUUGCUUUAAGUUAUGCAUAGUCUUAUUUGCAAAGCUUCUGCUGACGAGACUGACUUAAUUAGCUUAGGCAGCCCUGGCACGGAGCGAGGCUUCUGAUACAUCACAGAGGGUGUGAUACAGCAGCGAUCCAACAGAAUGACACAGCAGAGAUUUUUCCUCUAAGGAGGAAAAUAUAUCCUGAGGGGUAGGAUCUGAACCGUGGAGGUACUGAGGAUGUUGACUGACUGAUGUAAAAUUUUGCAGUAUUUUUUUUUUACUGGAAAUGGCAUGAUUAAUAUAUUUUAACGAGGUAAGAGCGUCAAAAAUAUG